AUGAUGAGAGCCUUCUUAAGCCACACCAUUUACUUGUUACUUGCAAUCUCAACAUUUGUUAUGUCUUCUCCGUCCUCCGUUGCCCCUGUUGGUCCUCAUUCUGGCAACUACCUUGUGCAAAUUCGAAACGAGUUGAGUGGCACCGCCACCAUUUUGAAGGUCCAUUGCAAAUCCAAUGGCGGAGGAGACUUGGGUAGCCAUUGGAUCAGCAGCGGUGAUCGUUUCACCGUACGUUUCCACAAUGACAAAUGUGUCUUAACUGAGUACUGGUGCAAGUUAAGCUGGGAGUACUCCAAAUCCAAGAGUCAUGGCGGCAACUAUCGCUUCUUCAAUUGCGACAAGUCGUUUCUCGAGUCAUGUGGUUUCCAGGAGUGCACUUGGAAGGUUAAGGAUGAUGGGAUAUAUUUGCAUGAUCUUGAUGAAUUACAGGAUUUGAAAUAUUAUCACUGGCAGACGUAA